AUGGCACAUCAAGCUCAAGAAAUCCCAUGGAAAGUAUUGGGCUCAAAUCUCCACUGGGUCUCGGGCGACUCUUGUAAAUGCGGCACCACAAAUCUUCACCCACGCAUGAGGAAGAACCAAGCCAAGGCACUUAAUGACUUCGUCAAAGCUUUCUUGAGAAAUAUCGACAAGCAUUCGAAUCACGAGCGUACAAAAUUUCGGGCAAAAUAUGAUAUACCGGAUCGGACUGAUGUGAUAAUUGAUGAGAGCGUUGCCCAAAAGAUUAUGCCCACCGUCCUUCGCUACCGUCACUAUGGUAGGAGAAACGACUUCCUUUGCCCCGGAGUUGCCAGCGAAAGCCGUGACCAUCGGUUGGGAUAUUGCCAGUGCCCUGCUCUGCCUGACCAAGAGCGAAGCGCGUCCUCGUUCCUUCGACGGUAUAUCAAAAAUCGUUGUUACCGUUUCGUUGAGGACAAUAACGACGCCUUCUUCAACCUUGAACUAGUCAAGACAUUGAUUUUGUAUGGCGAGAUGAACCCUGUUCUUAGGAUUUGCGCACAUCCUGAGGUGGACCUGAUGAGUUGGUGGUCAAAAGCUCAAUGUGACUGCAUGGACUUAGAUAUCGGGUGGGACCGGUUCGCUUGGAAGGCCUUAAUCGCGUACAUUGGGCUAAAUGUGACAUUCUGCUUCCCGCAGAUGUGGGACGCUGCGCGUGGCAAACCCGUCGAAACAGACUAUCGCAACACGCGGUUCUAUCAGUACAUGCUUCGAGAAUGCACGAUGACUGGGGAGACAUCCGACGUCAGUGCAUAUCCACACCGACAAUUUUUUGGGAUUAGCGAAGACCAAUUCCGUGGCUCAACCCCCUCCCUUCAAUCCAGAAACCCUAGGUUUUUCCAAACCUUUACAAGAGGAGACGACUAUCGUCGUGAGUAUUACGGGAUUGUGCCCAUUGACGAAUUUCUGCACAUGGAAGGGUCGGUUUGUUACCAACCGCACUUAUCCGAUGUCAACCUGGUCCGCAGUUUCCUGCGUCGGAAGGGUCUUCCCGCUGAACUUGCAUGCAAUAUCAUGGAGUUCGCCGAGUAUGAGCCGAGACGCAGACUCAAAAAGCCCCACGAUCCGUUUCAUCGUUCCAACCGAAAAGAACUGGCCGAGUAUCUCAAGUAUUGCUGGACACUUCUGGUUCGGUGUGAUAUGAUGGCGAAGGCUCUUGAUUUUCAGAUUCCAUGGAAAGACCUGGUCACACAGUGCAUGGUUUGCUUCUGGCAGUGCAGGAACUGCCAGUUGGAAGACUGGUUCUACGUGGAUGAUGAGAACCGCGCCGGUCUUUCCUAUACAUUUGCCCACCGCAUCGUCACCCAAGUCGUCGUCACCGGCGCUCGCGUCUUCGGCCGCGCCUUCGCCGAAGCCUACAAACAAGCCCAGGCCUCGGGCAAAUACGCCGCGCAGAACAAGGGCAAGAACGGCGGCGGCUUCACCUCCUCGGGCCUGACCCUUGACGAGGCUUGCAAGAUCCUGAACGUCAAGCCACCCAACGCCGGCGCCAGCGAGACCGGUCUAGAACAGGUCAUGGAGCGCUUCAAGAAGCUCUUCGAUCUCAAUGAUCCGCAGAAGGGAGGCAGUUUCUAUCUGCAGAGCAAGAUCUUGCGCGCAAGAGAGCGAUUAGAGAUGGAGGUGCGCGAGGCAGAGAGGAAGGCUGCAAGCGAGAAGGAGUUGAAGGAGGGUUGGAAGCCGAAGGUGUACAAGGAUCGGUGA